AUGCGUCUCGAGGCCGACGUCCGUCGGCUGAAGGAGUUGGCCAAGACGCAAGAAAGGCAGUUGGCACAGCACCGGGAGACGUUGUCGGAGAUGAUGGGCAGCGCGGACGAGACCCAAGCCAGUUUUGAACGGGCAUUGAGGACCAUGAACCGCCUUGUGACCCGCGUCGAAGAAUCGGAUAAGAGCGGAUGCAAGGAUGUUGCUAACGCGGUCCAGGAGAUACGCGUGGAGAGGGCGAACGCGACCUCGCAAAGGGAGACGGCGGCGCUCACACGUGCACGCGUUGAGGCCGCAGUGGUGGAGUUGAAGUUCAUGAUAUUUUCCGCGAUCAACACUGCCGCGGAGCGGACCCGCGCGGAGGUUUGGCAGAAGCUCGUCGGCUUAGAAAACUUUGUUGCGAACGCGGCGGAGCGUGGUGCGAGCGCGGGGGCUAUGAUACUGAGGACCGUGAUGGGAUCCUUCGCGGGUAACUCUGGGCCUGCUGCCGGCCCCGAGCAGCCUGCGGGUCGGAUUCCCACACCCGGAGCUGGUCCAGCGGCUGACACGAACCUCCCGCUGAUCCUAUCAGGAGGUGGUGAGUCUGCGCGUCAGGAGAAGUGCACUGUACCGCAGGGUGCCGAAGGCGAGGCUGGGAACCGCGCGAAGAGAUCGAAGGCUGCGGGAAAAGAUUCCUCUACCGCGGGUGCUGCUGUGAAGGACGGUGGAGUUGCGGCUGCGAGGCUGGCCUUUGCAGAGGGCAAGAACGAGGGGACAGUAGAAAUUUCAGACGACGAGGAUGCGGAAGCAAUGGACUCGCGGAAAAGGUUUUUUGCGGCUUGGGCGGCGGCGAAAGCAGCUGGUCGUGGGAGUGCAAAUGCCAAGGACCCGAAGGAGCAGCUGUGCAUCGAGACGGGGGCUGAGCAGGGGGGACAUAAGAAUGUUGCGGCCACACAGACGCCGAUGGUCGGAGUCCGCUUUACUCCAGGGAACAAAAACUCGUUCUCGAUUGAGCUUCAUCACGAUGGGGCUCACUUCUAUCUCGGCUCGUUUGCGCGUGCUGUGUCUGCCUGCUACUUGUCUGCCGUGGCACAGACCAUGUGGCACAACCAGGUUCAGAGAGUUGAGUUGGUGCUCACGGAUCAAGAGGAAGCCAAGUGGGAAGAUGAUCUGGAGCUGGCGCGGAAGGGGACGCGUGGGAAGGGCAAAAAUGGGGACCCGGGCGAGAAGGAUGAGAAGAGCGAGAAGGAUGAGAAGAAGGGCGAGGAGGCGGAGCACAGUGAUGGGGAAGACAAGGAUGACGACACAUUAAUGCUGGAGGGAUCAGAGGCUCACGAUGAGUUGGCCUGA